AAACCAGACCAGUCCCGACUACGAUUUGCUGGUCAGGUGGAUGUAAAUAAACAGGCCAGCAGGCGUGCAACUAUCCGCAUUCGAGCGGCCAAGAGUGGACACCGCCAGAGGAUUUAGACGUAACAUGGUCCUCGGCCGACUAACUUGACGGCCUGCCAGACGCAAAAAAGAUUCUGCACGUUUUCCGUGGCCAGAAACACCGCGUAGGCGAUACAAUUGGACGUAGAACCCGAGGACAAUUAUCUGUCCGGCUCCCCUAGACAAUGGUAGCCACGGAAAGCCUUAUCGUGGGCUGGUCACGUUACUCGCAACACGUUCAACGUUCCCCUUUGUAGUUUCUGGAAGCUCGUAAAGUUCAAGUCGCCGUUUUUCUCGUCGAAUGCCAUUCGAUUACUAAGGUUAUUCGCAUAGGCUCGCCAACUAAAUGGAAAUUUACGAGCGACUUCAGAACGACGGAUCUCGCUUGACAAUAGAAUAUCGUGUCAAUAUUUGUGUACAAAUAGCGAAAACAAUGUACACCCGGACGAUACGUGGACGCGUUCUUUGGAAGAGGGCAGAAGAUAACAUAGAGCUGGACUAAUGGUAUUCAGGGAAACGCGUGACUAAUCUGGCUGUUGAGUAAGAUCUAUAGUUGGUCGAAAGUGGAAAAUCAAAUUCUCGCGAUAAGAGUGCGUCCGUUUGAGGAAGACUCGAGUGGACACACAGGGUCGAAGGAGGAAACUUUUUUGGCUUAGUGUUUCGAUGCAGGAUGCUGCGUAACGACUGUGCCGGACGAGGGCGAGAACAGUUUUAAAAUGCCCAGAGCUUCUGUGGUACACAUGACUUCGACGGCGACCAGACCGCAGCACAUGUCGCAGGUGUUGGCCACGCUAGCGCUGUCUAUGGGAACACUGUCCUCAGGCCUGGCAAAGGGUUACACCUCACCAGCCUUGGACUCCAUUCUAGACAACCAACCACCUCACCUUUAUCAAACAUCAAACAACGACACUGGGUCGGCUUUCUCGGUGACGCAACAAGAAGCCUCGUGGGUAGCGUCGUUGUCGAUGCUGGGCGCAUGGUUCGGUGCUAUGAUCGGCGAUUGGAUAAUGAGGAGGGGUCGUAGAUUGGCGCUCCGUGUCACGUCUUUGCCUCUGGCCGCCGUAUGGAUCCUUACGGGCAUCGCACCCUGCUUGGAAUUGGUAUACGUCACGAGCUUCAUCGGAGGCCUUUGCUGCUGCAUGAUCGUUAUAGUAGCUCAGGUAUACAUAUCAGAAAUCUCGAUGCCGGGAAUCAGGGGCUGUCUAUCGGCGAUGCUGAAAGUGGUCGGUAACGUUGGCGUGUUAUUGUCGUACAUCGCGGGCACGUACCUGAACUGGCGACAGAGCGCACUGCUGGUAGCCAUAGCGCCGUCGAUGCUCUUUCUAGGUACUUUCUUUAUACCCGAGACGCCAUCGUACCUCGUUCUGAAUGGCAAAGACGACGAAGCUGCCAAGAGCUUGCAAUGGCUGCGCGGUGAUCAGGUCGACAUACGUCACGAACUGCAGGUGAUCAAAACGAAUAUCCUGGCGUCACGAGCGAAGCAGUACGAGCAGACGCUCAAGAACAGCAUGUUCACACCUGAGCUGUACAAGCCAAUCGCCAUCACGUGCGGGUUAAUGUUCUUCCAGCGAUUUUCUGGAGCGAACGCGUUCAAUUAUUACGCGGUCAUUAUAUUCCGUCAGACUCUGGGCGGCAUGAAUCCUCACGGCGCGACCAUUGCAAUUGGCUUUGUGCAAUUAUUGGCUUCUAUGUUAUCAGGAUUCCUGAUCGACAUCGUGGGUAGGCUACCGCUGCUGAUUGCCAGUACCGUGUUCAUGUCGUUGGCGUUAGCAGGUUUCGGCAGUUAUGCCUAUUACAUGUCGCAGACGCAAAAUCUGGGCUAUCCGGACACGGCGGUGGUCGGUCAGCACGACUGGAUACCGUUGCUCUGCGUGCUCGUCUUCACGACCGCUCUAGCUUUGGGCAUAUCGCCAAUUUCGUGGUUAUUGAUUGGCGAGCUCUUUCCCCUGCAGUAUCGUGGCCUCGGCUCCAGCAUCAGCAUGAGCUUCAACUACUUCUGCGCGUUCGUCGGCAUUAAGCUCUUCAUGGAUUUUCAGCAGACGUUUGGUCUACACGGAGCGUUCUGGUUCUACGCAGCAGUCGCGGUAUGCGGACUAUGUUUCGUAGUAUGCUGCGUGCCCGAGACCAAAGGGAAACAACUGGACGAGAUGAAUCCAGACUACGCACAGGCACGGUAGUAUAAGGCCUCGUUAACGGGGGGUUUGUCGAACCUGGAGAAAUCCAACAAACCCCUACCAGGAGGAGCUUAUCCGAAUCAACACGAUCCGAGAGAGCUGUAUAAUUCGAAUCCAGCUACGGAUAUUCCAACGACGUCUUGUCACAUACCGAACUACAGGAGUAAUCAUCGCAAAUUAUCCGAUUAUUGCAACAUCUUCGCUGAGAAAACUAACAGAAUCGGUAGAAACGUGGAGAGUUUCAUGCAGUCCCGUGGAUUCUUCACGGCGCGUCGUUCCACCGACGAAAGUUCGCGCAGCAACGCGACCACAACGCAUAGAAGCAACGGAGACGUGAUCCGAAACGAUUAUCGACUCUCCGAUCGGCUGAACGAACGACCUGAAGUACUCGAGGAGAAUCAGCAUCGUUAUGGUCGGAACGGACGAAAUCGCCGAGAUAGAUGUGCCUACCCAAAGGACGUAUAUCCAAAGGAUACGUAUCCAGAAGAAAGAAGCAUCGAUUCGAAUUACGUAAAUCGCGACAUGGAGAUGCAGCCUCGACGAGUUAGGCAUCGCGAUUACACGGCUGCGUACGAGGACAACAGCUGGAGGGACGUCUCGAGUGAUUUAAACGGGUCUAAGCCGAUCCUGAGGAACGGCAUUAGUCACGGAAGGGGCGAGAGGCUUUACAGCUCGACUUUGCCCAGACGAAGUAGAACCAUCAAUUUCAGAGAUCAGCCGGCCAAUUCCCUCGAAUCGCGGCGUAGCUACCCGAGAAGCUUGCAGGACCUCUCGGACCUCGAGCUGGACGAUAGAAUACGAGAUUCAGGCGAUUCGUCUCUCCUAUCGUCGAACAGGGAAUGGAGAAACGACAGGCUGCUGGACGAUGGUUACAGACGUCGAAGAUAUCGGGAGGACCAACUCGAAGAUGAUUAUUUGAGACUCUACAGAAGUUUGUCCAGGCUGAACAGAUAUCCGCAGGGUGGCAAGUACGAGCCCGGCCAGGUACACUACGAGAGAGAAUGCAGGACAUUCGGCAAGGACACGGUUGCUUUCAUUUAUUACAAAACGUGCUAUUUGUGAUGCACGAAGAAACGCAAUAGGGUUGACGAUAAUAGUCGAUCAAAGCGUUCUUCGUCGAUGGAUCAUCGUCUACCCGAUAUGCUUAAUGGUUCGUUGAGAACGAGGAAGCUUGGUGACCUGAUUUUCACGACGCUCGUUCUUCCGAUGUAUUUUUCCGAUUAAGCUUUCGAUUGACGCGAAUUGGAAUCGUGAUGUUUUCGCGACGUUUAGAAUAUAUUUAAGUAUUAGAAGAUUUUCUUUCCACGACGAACCACCGAGAGUCUCUGGUAACAGAGAUAAUUGUUUAUUUGCUACAUCGAAGGGUAUUGAAACGACUUGAUUUUUACCACAGCAAGAUCUCAUUAGCAAUGACGUUAGAUUAUUGAGUUCCUUGAUCGAUUUGAUACGAGCUUUUUUCAGUUGACGAGACGAUAGAAAUGAAUAUGAACGUAUUUCAUGAUUCAUCAGCUAGCGUAUAAGAUUGGUCAGAAACGCGUACAUUCGAUCGAACGAACGCGUCGAGUCUCCCUUUCUAAUCAUCUUCGAAUACUUGACGUGUAAAACAUUCUAAAAGACUUGUAUCGAGUAAUCAAAAAAGGUACAAUUUAUAUGAACGUAGAAUAGAGAUUAACGAUUAAUAGCGGGUAACUCGUUAGAAAUUGAAGAACGCAGCGAGACGUUCGAGCGUUAAUUUCUCCUCUCUCUGACCAGUUUUAUGCUCACUUUCGAUAUUAUAAAUCGUUAAAUGAAGGAAUAAGAUCUGUUUUCAAACGACACGACUGAAUUACAUAAAUUCGUAUUAGAUAACCAUCUUCGUGAUUUGCCUUGUGAAACGUUGAACGAUAUUUUGACCAAGAAGCGCAUUAAAUUAGCAUACGUUAUUUUCCGUAACUAUCGAAACUACGUAGAACGAAUACUUGCGGAUUACACGCACCCGAAAAGAAAGAUGGAUCUCGUCGAAACAAUACAAAAAAAAACAAAAGAAAAAAAGAAAAAAAAGAUAAAGAACGCUCUUCCGUGCAACGUGCCUUUUCUGAGAGCACGCAAAUAUAGACGUACAGAUAAUAACGCAGAAUACGUACGUACAUGUAUAAAUAUAUAUAAACAAAAGAAGAAACAAGCAGGAAAAAAUAAUAGUCGUAUAUAUAUACACACACAUAUAUAUAUAUUAAUAUAAAUUGUUUAGAAUAGAAUCGAUAGACUGGUCCGUCGAUUGUCGUCGACGUUUCUCUAAACACUUCAAGAUUCACCGUGAUAUUUUCAACUUACGUCUUCGAGUUUCGAAUCGUGGCUAACACGUGAAAAGCUAAUUAACUAAAUAGAACGUGAUAGUAUAACAAACGGAAAAUUCCACUUUUCUUCCAGAAAGCAAGUUCUUGUUGUUUCGAAAGCGCGUAUGACUGACUGAUGUUCAAACCUAGUGGUUUUAGCAGUUUCGUUGGCCAAGUAAGAACGCCAAGGAGAACGUGGAACAAGUUGUUUCUCCAUUGAAAUACGAUACACGCGUUCCUGUUAAAUCGAUGGGAAAAUAAUGGAAAUUUCUACUCCACGUGAUGAACGUGCACCAACGAACGAAGGGUAUAUGUAUUUUUUAUUCAAUACGACGAUCGUAUGAAACGAAACGACUGGAACGUAACCAGAUGAUGUGAUCGACUGAGCGUGGCCGAGGAAGUGUUCCUUGCUUUUCCGCCAAUUUAACGCUAUUCGCACGACCGUGAUAUACGGUGUAUUAUAUACACCGUGAACGUAAAUCGUGACGUAAACUCUAUCGCCGAGGAAAGAAUGUAGAAGAGAGAGAAAAUAACUUAGACACGACAGAACAGAGAAUAUUUUACUUGUCGCGGCUAUAAGUAUAAACACACGGAGGAGGGAGGCUCGUUCCACGUUUCUAACAAUGGCCACUAUUGACUUAAUGAUGACAAUAUUAUUAACUGUAGAUAUAUUAUACAUAUUACGCGUACUAUCUUUCAUACUUAAGUACCUAUUGUAUAAAUCGACUAUUAUUGUACAUUAUAUACAUAUUACCAGUACGAACACUUAUGUAAUACCGAUCGUGCAACUGUUCGGACGUGGUGAACAACAUUUUUGCGACAAUACUGUAACUAAUCAUUGCCAAACUCACGAGACACGCGUAGAUGGAAACUUGAAAAGCUUGUCCUAUUGUAACGUGGAUGACAGUCGUGACUCUUUUGAACAUAGUAUGCGAGUUCGAUCGAGGAUACGACUGUGAUCGAUGAUGAAUUUUUUUACAAUUUUCGAUGAGAUAAGCGUUUGGUGUAUAGGGUAAGAUUCGUGCAAUGAUAUCGUCGAAUCUGGAACCCGAGAGAGGAGUCUUUCGAGGGAAGGUAUUCGAGGAAACGGCAUUUGUAUUUUGUAUUUUUAUAUAGUUUGUAGAACUCGUCAGCGUCGACUUUGCAGAAAUGAUUUCUGCACUCUGUGAUCGAACGCCUGGUCUUCACGGAUGAAAAUAUUCACCACGAGUUAUUAUCGUUUCACGUGAGAAAAGGAGAGAUUCCAUGUAUCUAUAGAACGAAGAAGUUCCAUUCGUUAAGAGUUUACGUUCAGUCGUUCUGAUAUUUUUCUAAAAAAAUGUCGCUGUUUAAUUAUAGAUUUAACGAAUUCCAAUUAAUUAAGCGCCCGAUAUCAGGGAUAUUAAAUCGAUAUCGACAUAUCAGGAACAUCUAGUUUUCAUCAAAUUAAUUACGAAUUUCAUUUAAACAGAUGCUUCAUUCAUUGGUAAUAAAAUAAUAGAGUCAAACGAUAUUUUUUCCGUGUAGUCUAUCGGCAGGAUUUCUUAUAUCUGUAAUCGUUUAUAACCCCGUGAGUCAUAUCCCUGCCAUAUCCAAUAUUCUAACGAAGAGUGCUGGGUCCUCCGACGUACAAUAGAAAUAGGGAAACUUGUACUUAAAAUGUUCAGAGGAAAGAGGGAAGGAAAGAACGGAUCGGUUACUUUUGUGGACGGUGAUCGAUGUCUCUCCCUUUCGCUUUAAACGUAACUCCAAUUACUUCCAUUUGCCACCUUUCCGUUAGAUACCGAGCAUACUAACAAUAAAAAUAAAUUUCUUCAAAAGUUAACGUAGAGUUUCAUCAAAUUUUCCAGACACGUGUCACUGUCUACAAAUAGAAACGAGAGCGCAGCAUCUUCGAAUCUCAAACCUACCAUCUAAAUGAACCUUAUAAUGCUCAAGGGCUUGGACGCAGUAUUGAAUAAAUGAAACUUUACAAUUAAGUUAACGCAGGUGCAAUACUCGUGAAACGGGUGCACAUAGAAUAAGAAUAAAAA